GGGGAUGCUACGGGGGUGAAAGCGUGCGUGCGCGACUUCUGUCAGCGACAAACGUACUGCGGCGGCUAUGAGGUGCGGCUCCCGUCGCCACGCCGAAAGCUUUCCUACGGGCCGACCGACGAGGAUAGCUUCGGCUUGUCUUUCCGACUCCUCCUCGCCGGCGGGUUCGAAGAGGAUGGGGAUGAUCAGAGCCAUAGCCUGCGUUCGUGCGGAACGCACAUCUUAAGGCUGCUGCGAUGCAUUUCAAUAUAGUUAAUCUUAAUCAGAAUACGUGUAUGUUUUGGUGCAGCUCCUGCCUUACCAUGACUGAGAGGACCUGCUUUUUACUGCAAACGCUUUUUCCUUUCUUAAAUAACAUUGUACAUGUGAUUUGUUCUGGAUAGUAGUAAGUCGGUCCUUUAAGCAUAGGAUUGCCAAACUCCUGCCCGAGCCACACGCGCUGCUACCAACUGCUCCGCCCACGGUUUGCUCCUCGAUCUCUCGAUGUUUACCGCAAGCACGCGGACGCGCUUCGUCGAGGCACAAGCGUGCAGGAUCUCGAGCGGCAAUAUCGGGACUAUCAAAACAGCGGAGGCGGUUCAUAUCAGACGCCGAGCGCGCCGCAGCCCGGAUCCACCUCGACAAGCGUUUCAGGCAUGUUAGACUGGCACGAGCGAAUCAACUACAGCCCGUUUUCGGACAUCAUUCUGCCUUCUUACGACGUUUCGAGGCAUGUGGACCCGCUGAUGAUGCUAGACCAGGCGAAUAACCAGAUGAAAAUUUUUGGCGUGGUGAUGGCGGAGCGCACGUUCGCAAAUGCUGUUCAGGAUUCGUUGCGAGCCUAUGUGAGCCGGUAUCCUCCGGUUACAGCUUUCAGUACACCGAUUUCGGUGUACACUGCGGGAGACAUCGCUCUCUUCGACUUCCCGGAAUACCAUCUGCAUGAGCUGAGCGGUGCGGAACCAAAGAUGUGGAAGCACGACCCGAACCAGAGAGAUCUUACUGGCUUUCACCUCUCCCACCUCUCGCUCGGGUAUCGUCCGACUUAUACGCUCCCGACCUGCGCUGCUCCGCUGCCACGCGGAUACCUAGCUGGGCCAGGCCUUGUCGAAACCGCCACACGGUCGCCCAGCAGCGUUGUGCAGGCGAGCGACCUCGUCACGUUCUCGGGUGAGGCCUAUGCCUCGUGGUCUUCAGCUCCAACAUUGGACGGUCUGGCAGAUUAUAUUCCCGGAAUAAUACGUGCCACCUUGCAAAAUCCAGUGGAAACCAACGAUGCCGCGUUUCACCAGUGCAUGCAAGGCGGCUCCCUGGGAGGACACGGAGGUGCAUUGCCAGGCACUGUGUGCGACCUUCGCUGCGUUGGGGAUUACAUUCCGCGUCUCUCGGCGGAUUCAGGUUACCAGUUCGCCUCCAUUCGCACCGCUCGUGGUCUUCAAGUGAGCCUCCAGCAGACGAAAAAGGAAGUGUCGUCAGCUUCCUCGGUUCGUAAGAGAGAGGAUCAGGAGCUUGAUAAACAUCAAGAGAAAGACGCCAGAAGUACCGGUAAGAAGUGGCGGUCUUUGAGUUCCGACACAUGUGCAGCAACGUCAUCGAUGAUGCAAAUGUUCGUGUCCACCGGACUGUCUGCGUUUGUGUGCGUCCCUCCUUCAAGCGUAUAUGAUGUUCCAGUCAACGGGAACUGUCCCACGGCGGAAACCACACCGCGGCCACUGGUUCAACAGAGUUCCACAAGACAGCCCAUGGGCUUCCAUGGGCUGGGUUGUGGCCCAAUGACCUGUCCGCAUAUCGAUGACGACGAGCUAUUGAAUGCGUACGGAGCCCGCGUUGCCUCAACGUGGACGAGCGAUACAAUUUUCCAAAUGCUCACUGCCGAAUUACAGCAAGUGAAUGGAGAUGGGGGGGAGGAGGGCGAAGGAACGACCACGCCUAAUCCAGACGGCAAGUCGAGUUCACUGCCGCCAGCUUUGGACCCUUUUGCAUCCUCUUCACCUGCGCCAAGCCGGCGCACGUUGUACACACGGGAGACUCGUGGCGCAAUGGCAGCUGUCAGGGCGAUGAUGGGAGACGCAGAUACAGAUGCCGUUGGACGAAACGGAAAGUUGAAACCAGCUGCAGGCGAAAGCCCACGUUGGAAGCGGUGGAAAAGUCGCACUGGUGCGCGAGAAGCCAAGCCUCGAGCGAAGGUUGAGAGCACUAGCACCAGCAAGAGCGCAGCUAGAAAACUUGAUCACGAAGGCGAUGGUGGCUCAGAGAACUACGGUUCAGGUAUAAGUGCCGGAGGCAGCAGCAAGCCUUGGUUCCUCACCGGGCCGCCAAACACGUGGGUAGAUGCCAACGCGGACGCAUCUGUUAUUGAUCCUUUACUUGACGGCACCUCCCUCGUGAAGCCAUUGCAGUUGCAGAACAUUCGCUACCACUUCCCGAGUGUUUUUGGCAGUCAAAACCUGCCCCCAGUGAGUUCCUACGACGAGAGUGGAAACUUGAUCGAUAGUGCAACCAUUCCUGGAAGCGGGGGUUACGACAUGCCUUACGGGUCCUCACCCGCUUACAAUUUCAUCACGAAUUCGUACACUUUGCCGUAUAACCACCGAGCGUUGUCGGACGCCGCGGGCUCGCCGUGGCCGACUCUGCCCACGAGCACGAGCCUGGUCUACGACGAGGCUGUCGUGCCGUUGGGAAGCCAGGCGCCGUACCCCAUGGGCACACUUCCGGGUCUGGGCGUGACGACACAUGCUGCAAUCAUCGGGUGCGAUCUUCCUAGCACCCAGCCUGCCAACGUCUUCGUGGAGGUGCGUUGCAUCGACGGACGAUGGUUUCCGCCGUGGGUGCGAGCACUGCAGUCGGGGGCCGAUGGAAUAGACGUCUCCCCAGAAACUCGUAGACUGCAGAAGGCAUUCAGAUUGAAGCGAGCAUCAGUGGCAUCUGCGCCGAGACGUGCCGGAUCCGAAACCAAGACGAUCUUCAAAAUUGCUGAUGAUCAUGCGGAAAGCAAAGCAGUCGUAAAGAAUGCUGAACUUGCAACAAAAAGCACGAGCUUGAAGCAGGUCUCCGCAGCUAGGAAGGCUGUAGAAAAGAGUAGGACUACUUCGGGUGAGAGACGACUGAAGAUGGAACAGCGCAAAAAAGUCUUGGCAAAGCAGAGAGUCUUGUAUAUGAACAAGAUUCAGGAAAAGCUGCAAAGAACAAAGGGCAAGAGAAGGAGAACUACUUCGAUGGUCGAGGGUGAUAUCCCGUAUCCGCACACGUACAACGUUGAUCAGGAGCCACAGUGCUUUGCUGCCUUGCCUUGUCCACUCGAGGCGAUCACGAGCCAGCGGCUUGAAGUCUACCAGCAAGACCACGUGACGCGGUACGCUUCUACCGUGACCACCGUGCCUAGUGGAACCAGAGUGUCGGUCGGUUGCCCGACAGAUGUCGAAACGACUAGCACCGAUCCUGAGACCGGCAAUGUGAUAAUGCGCGACUUCUUUAUGCUGACAACGGACGCGGAGACGACCGCAGUCUUCAACCCGGAGCUGGCUGACAGCAAUGACUUGGGUGUCCGUACCUCCAUCACUACUACCACGACCACAGCAGCGCAAGCAGCGGCGGCGGUCGCGGCGCUUGAAGCUGCUGAGGCAGCGGCGCUGGCGGAAGGUGGGCAAACAACCACGACGACCCCGUGGCCUUAUCCGGGCAUGAAGAUAUCGAAGGUUACGCGCAUUUGCUACAACGGCGAUUGGCUGGACAUGGCAAUCGCAGGCACGCACUUAAUUUCGCAGGGUGGUCUCUUCAAGCGAGCCAUGAACGGCACCGAAGUGUAUUCGGCCUUCUAUGGUUCUGGUGCGCGUGCCGGUACUGCACCAGCAGGAGCAUUAACGUCUACGGUGUAUCCCGGGUAUUAUUAUGGGUUUUCCAUCCUCGGAGGAGAAGGUGGAGCUAAGGGUGAGAAUGUCAAUGUCGAUAUCAGCUUACCAAGUGAGGAAGCGCUGGAGGCUUUCGACGCGGCUGCAGCUGCAAUGGCUGCGGCAACCGCAGCGGACGACGCUGUGGCCGAUGGUGACGACGCGCAGGCGGUUGCGACGGCGGCGAAUGAAGCUGCAGAGGUGAGCUCGAUUGCCGCUGCAGCGGUCGCUUCCGCAGCAUCCGGCGCAACAAGCGAAGGCCCGCAAGCUGUCGCAGACGCCGUGAAUGCGGUCGCCACGCAACUCGAGAAAACUGCCAUGUCUUACACUUCUGGUCUAGAGGGCCAAUUUGGCGAAGGCUCGGGAGAGGAUGGCGCAACGACCACAACCACGACGACUACUACUCCUGUCCUCUUCGUGGUGCGCGAGAAGAGCCAAUUUCCAGCUUGCCGCAAGAUCCCACUGCCGGGAGAGAACGAACCGCGUACGCAAACGAUGUCGCGGGUGGCGCUGCAGGUCUCUUUAGCCGUGGACGCCGGCGCCUUGGCUAGCCAGGCGAAACGAGGGACUGCUGAGAACCCGGCACAGGCUGCAAUCGCGUGUCCAGACGUUGACACACUUGAAGCAAGCGCCCGUCUGAUCCAGGCAGCUAGAACAGCGACGGACGCCGAAAAGGAAACUUCUGUGUGGAUCCUCAAUAACGCAGAUCAAGUAGCGGCUUCCCUUUUGACUUCCGUAGCCGGCUCGGAAACGUCGAGCGAAGAGAGUAUCUUCAUUUCAACCGUAAGCUUCGGGGCAGCGGCGGAUGUGAUUCUGUCGCUGAACUACGCUGGCGGCACAGGUUUAGCGAUUCGCAGGAGGCUAGACGGAUCGAUCUAUCGCCUUACAGAGGAGGAAAUCGAGAUGGAAUUUGGCAUUUCCCCAUCCUCUUCGCGCAAGGAAAAUCCGUUCUCGCACCUCCCAGGACUUCAAGAAGGAGACUUAAAAGCCGCAAAUGACAAUGCGCGUCUCCGGAGCUUGAUGCAAACAACCGUGUCCUCAUCCCAGGUGAGCGAUGUUGCAUCCUACAAUCAGCCAAGAUCAAGCAGAGGAGACACUGACGCGAUAGGAUCCGGUACAGCAAGUCGUGGAGAACUUCAAUUGGCAGGCGGCGAACGAAAACUGCAAUCUUCAGGCGUGUCGGGCUCGGUGACCGUUGCGUAUGCCUUCCAGUACCGCGUGGUAACUGCGGACCCUAAUACACUCGCUACCAAGAUCGCUGCAGCAGAAUCUUCGGUGACCAGCACUACAUUCUCGCAGCGGUUGAGCGCGGCAACAACCUCUAGUUUCGGUUGUACCGUCUCAUGUGUAACCUCCGCGCCGGUGGUUCAGAGUUACGCUAUUCAGGAAUCGGUACACUUCAUUACAACAGUUGCUCGUAUGCUCAUUUUGAUUUUUCAACAGAAACACAACAUGAAUAAUCUUCUGUGCCUUUUCAACAAAACUUGAAGUUGAACCCCCCCAUAUUAGGUAGUGAUCAUGCCGGGUAAAUUAAGAACAAAACUUACCCCUCAGGUAACAGUGGAGAUCAAUGAAUGGAAGUAUCGUCCUUGGAGCGUGUGUGACAAUGGCUGUGGUCCUGGCGCGCAACUCCGUGAAUUCUUUUGCGACCAGAGCGCAGAAGGUGGAAAUCUAGAACCCUGUCCUGUCGAAGACAUUGCGAAGCUGCUCUUGAAAUUAUGGAUGGACAAAAUCAAAAUCAUACCGAUCAUCGACCAUUCUGUGUAUACCAAGAAACAGGGGGCGACCUCGUUCAUUUUUGUUUUCAUUUUCAUCUAAUCUGCUACCUGUACAUAAUCUUGUAGAUAUCUUUCUUGAAGAGAUUUACGUUAGAUUUUUCGUACUUAGAAUUUGAUUCGUCGUUCUCCUCUUCUUCUAAGUUACCAGAGUUGUUUAGAGUGGGGGGCGUGCGCUGCGAGUAUUUUGUGUCCGUUGACGGAAGAAUACAAUUGCGCUACGCAAAGCCUGAUCAUUUUGGGUGUGGUCGGGGUGUGCUCCCUUAUGUUCCUCAACUACAUGUACAGAGGUUGCCGUGUGCCGCGGGGUGGAAAUGUGCGAGGCUUGGCGUUAGACAAGAAAGGCAAGAUGCGAUGGUCCAAAGCGAAGGACAAAGAAACAGGAAAGUUAUGUUGCAACUCCAACUCACUCAGAGCAAAGCGUAGAGGUAGAAUAAUUUGAGUACUUGGGUGGAAUAGGGUGGUUCGCGUGCACGUCGUGAAUGACGCGCAUACUUGAUGUAAUGCUUGUGGACUUUCGCAUAGACUAUACCACUACGAGAGGGAAAGCAAUGACCAAACCUUUAUUUUACUCAACAACCAAGUAAUCAACCACCUCUAAGAAAGCAAAAGAUUACAUGGAAUUCCGACGAUAUCGCUGCCUAUCUUGCCUCGAAGGGCUCGGAAAUCACAACCGGCGUUGUCGUAGAUGACGACAUGAAGAAGCCAAAAGGAGAAGGUGAAGCAGACGACUCGUCGUCGUCUUUCUCAUCAUUUAAGGCGUUUGUGCAUCCACUAUCCAUGUAGAGAUGUUGAAGCACCAUUUUCUUUCUUGGAGUGAGGCUGUAAAACAGCGAAUAUGAAAAUCAUAGAAUAGAUUUUCAGGAGAUCAUGAUGCUGGUCUUGAAACUCGAUGGAUGAGGUCCUCUUCUAAAAAAUCAAGUGGCGAUGAGGAGAACAAGGAGGACGGAGAUGAUGACGUGGAAAAAGCCGAUUCGCCACGAAAGUCUCUAGGUUCGAAAGACGACAAACAAAUAGUAGUCACUGGGGCACCAGUGGAGAUCAACGACGUCGAUCUAGUAGCGGAUAUGACAGCUCGGCGGAGCUCGAAUCGUCCCGACAUGGGGAAGUUCUUCCGGAUGGCGUCCAUGGCAAAAGUAGACUUCGACGAUAUGAGCGAAGUAGUGGAACUCUAUCCAGCACCGCCACCGUGCUUUGCAAUCUUAUGCUGGAUCUGAGUGCUAAUGUCAAAUGAGAGUAUCUAUGUAUCAGGAGUUUUUUUCAACUUUGCUUUAAUAGUAACGUUUUCCUGAUAACUGAUGUGCUAUUUUCAAUCUUUCUUUCUUACGUCGUAAAUCGAGCUAUUACAUCAAAUAAAACCGGUAAGCACAAGCGAGAAUUAAGAAGCACAAUUGUGACUCUCACUCUAAUCAUCGGAGAGCCCGUCGAAUAUUAUUCGAGUACUUACUCGACUUUUCUGCCAGCAACGAUGGCGGCCCAUAACCGGUUCCUCAACACUUGCGCAGUGACUUUGAGCGCAAGGCUGUCAAAGCAAACCAGAAAGAAUGUACUUUUACUUCUUGAUGUUCGACACUUUUGCGACGCGGUUUUUAUCCACGAGACAACCAGGAGUCUUCAAGUGCUUGAUCCUUACUGAUUGUGCUAAGUAGUCCACUUUGUAAAUUGAGAUUGUCAGAAUCUCGCUCCAGUAUAUGCUUGUUCGAGUACCUCACCUCUCCCGGCUAGCAGUCAUGAAAAACUCAGUAGGUGGAAAAACACCAAUUAGAAAACAAGCAACUAUUAACCUUCGCCAUUAUAACUUUCCCAGGUCCCCUACAUCAUGAUUCGAUGUGCCUUGCGGGAGCACGAAAGAUGCGAGGUGUUUAUUUCGGAUGCUGUAGGAUGGGUUGGACCCGUCUUCGUUGAGAAGCGCAUCACCGUCAGAGGUCGCGGUGCUGAGUACGUAGUCGAAGCCGGAGAACUCCAAGGAAACUUCAAGCUUCGUACAAAUAAAAUGCGGGUGGAAAUUGCGAAGGUAUCUAUCUAUGCCUCUAAUAAUCUAAGAUGAAACAAGUAGGUAAGUAGUCUGAUAUGGACGAUACUAUCUAAGGGACGAAGUAGAUCAUUGAUUGGGCAACACUGUCAUGCAUGUUUGAAGAUGGAAGAAUCGACAAACCAUUUUCGUCAUUCCUCAUCUUCCUGAUUAAUCAAACAGAUUCGCCGGCAGUUUGCGGUAGACGACGACGUCGUUGUGUACUACGAUGACCGAUGGGUUGAGGCAAAGGUCCUUAGUGUGUACGCAGAGCAAGUGGGCCAGCACGCUGCGGAGGCUGCCGAGUGGCUGCAACGAAGGAUCCAAUUGAGAGCGGCGACCGCACACGGCCUUAGUUCAGGCAAGAAGAACGAGAUUUAUGAGAAAAUAUUAUGUUCUCUCAACUUUUUAGCAUGCGUCUUGGCCAUUUGCUUAAAUUACAUGUGAUUGAGAAAUUGAAAUUGAAUAUUAGGUAUGAUAGUCUACGUCGUGAAUGGAGGUGAACUCACUCAUGAUUGGACACGCUCAUAGAUAUUGACCGCGUCAGAAUUUUGUACAAGUAUAUCUCUAAGCAGAACGUCGGAAAAAGGCCCGAUUGUCGAGAGAAAACACGAAUUUGUUCGGUUUCGGCGGUUUUAGUGGGGACGCUGGAGAAACACCUGCGCGGGAAGACGACGACGACUCGCCGUCGCAGAUGCAGCCAGUCGGCGAGGGUGCGAUUGUGCCGGUAGAUAAGCCCGCGCCCCAAGAUUCGGAUAGUGGUAGUGAGCCAGCUAUCUCGCGAGAAAACACGAAGGAGAUCUCUAGAGAGAACAGUUUCGUGACGCCACGAAAGAAGAGCAAGCUGAGCCGGCGGGACAGUGUGGAGUUCCUGCGAGAAGAACAGAGUAUGCUAUCAUCAAGGCAGAGUCAGCCCAUGAAGACACCGCGUGCGAAGACCGAGGGGGAGAAUGACUCACCCAGGCCAGGACUUAUGGCUGGAGCUAAAUAACAAGUGCUUGUCUACAUACAAAUUGAAAUUUCCAUGAUAGGCUACAGGACGUACAUCGUACGCCAUUAUUUUUUGCUAACUUCGUGUAAAAAUUUUGUCAAUUCGGAAAACUUUUGUUAUUCCUCUCAUCAUGUCCACCAGUCGGAUUCCAAACAGAGUCAGUGGCCUUAUAUAUUCUGCGUUCUAUACUAUGUGAUACUACUUAGAACUAUUUUUCUAUCGUCCAUAGUCGGUCUGCGUCCUGCUCUAAAUCUGGACAGUCCAAGAGUGUUUCGCCUCAGAAGGAGGGUGAGACGCCUAAUCCUUUGCUGCACAGUGCGGCAAGCAGCCACUCCAUAGGAUCCGAAAAAUGGAAGGCUGCGAGAGCAGUUCUCCAGAAUAUUCGAACUUUACGCGCAGAAGAUGUUGUCCAGG